GGAUGCCCUUCUGAUCUUCCAGGGCUGCUUCGAUGGCACUCUGUCUCACUGCUCGCGUCGCCCUCACGAUAGGGAGCGCAACUCACUGAUCACCAGCGGCAAUGUAUUUGUCUACGAGGAAGCUACCUCAGGCAUUAAGCGAUGGACGGACGGUAUUCCUUGGUCACCCAGCCGCAUCCUAACUAAUUUUCUGAUCUAUCGUCAACUCAACAGCCCUUUUCCCCCAGGCGAGAAGAAGCGCGCGACAAAACGGACAGCCAGGGUAUCACGACCUGGCGAGCCAUAUUCGACGCCCACCUCGUCUGGCAAUACCCCAACAGCUGAUGACCACAAACCAUUCCCCGCCCCGCCAAUGCAAGAUAGCCCUUUGGCGAGACAAGGUGACGAGGAGAGCCCGGAGAAGGAUUCCAAUCGCGGGUUGGUGGGCUCAUUGGUCGACUCCUACGAAUUCAAAGAAGGCGGCCUACUGAAGAAGACCAUGACCGUGGUCGUCCGCAAUGUUCACCAUCAUUUGGUUUCUUAUUACAACCUGGAGGAUGCGAAGAAGAACCUAAGAACCCCACGCGAAGAUCCCCGAGUCAAAGACCUCACAAUCCAGCCCGAGCUCUUGAAGCAAGCAAAAUUCAAAUUUCUGAAUAUCGAUGAUGCUGGCGACGGCGCGUUCGAGGGUCAAGAACAGCAACACUAUGGGGCGUACUAUCAACCACAGGCAAGCCAUUAUUAUCAGCAUCCGUAUUCCUACCCAGCAUCGAUGUCGUACCAGCAUCCGGCGGCGUAUGCCCCAAGUCAUCCUCCACCACAGCAUUACGGCUCGCUGCCACCAUCAAGCUCGAUGUAUGCUCCUGCUGCGGCACCAUCGUAUAGCCAAUAUCACCAGCAGCAAUACUACCCGCAACACGUCCAGAAUGCUCCACAAUAUCAUCCAGCUUACACGCAGCAUUAUCAAGGGCAUCAUAACCCAGCGCAGCCUCCGGUGACACCUGUGAAACAAGAAGCUGGUUCAAGCGCAACUCCACAAUACAAUUACAAUACAAGCGCCCCGGUUGCGCCUCUUAACGACGUGUAUGCCGGGCAUCAACCCAACGGCUCAAGUGCCGCGCCUGAGGAUGAAAAUGUGGUUCCCGCGACUACUCAGCCUGGUCAAUCUCAAACAUGGCCUAUACAGAAUUACAACCAGCAAUGGCCUGGACGACCGGAAGGACCAAGCUAUCCGGCGUAUCGCCCAUCUGCCUGA